UGCCCCUGGGGGCCUGCAGUGUCCGUGAGGAGGUCACUCAGAACCGACGUCUGCCCAGCCAUGGGCUGCUACCUGCCGCUGCUGCUGCUGCUCCUGGGGCUAGCAGGUCAGGGCUCAGCUGACAGCCACCCCGAGGUGCUCCAGGCACCCGUGGGGUCAUCCAUUCAGGUGCAGUGCCUCUACCGCCUCCAGGAUUUGAGGGCUCGCAAGGUGUGGUGCCGGUUCCUGCAGGAAGGCUGCCAGCCACUGGUGACCUCCGCUGUGGACCGAAGAGCCCCAGGAAGUGGGCGCACAUUCCUCACCGACCUGGGUGGGGGGCUCCUGCAAGUGGAAAUGGUGACCCUGCAGGAGGAGGACACAGGGGAGUAUGGCUGUGUGGUGGAGGGAGCCGCCGGGCCCCAGACCCUGCAUAGGGUCUCCCUGCUGGUGCUUCCACCCGUUCCUGGCCCAGGAGAGGAGGAGGAAGUAGAGGAAGAAGAAGAGCACUAUAAAACUGGAAGUCUGCCAAAGGAUCCCUCCUUGGACCCCGAGGGGAGUGCUAGUCCUCACGAGUUCAUAAGGCCCGAGAACAGUACCCCCCUGAUCUGGGGCGCGGUGAUUCUGCUGGGUCUGCUGGUGGUGGCUGUAGUGCUGUUUGCGGUGCUGGCCACAAGGAAAGGGAACAGGCUUGGUGUCUGUGGCCGGUCCCAGAGCAGUGGAGUUUCAGGGAUGGAACCCUCCUCAGCAGUCCACCACGGCAGUGACUCUGGGCUGGCCACCGGACUGCCCACGGACGUACCAUAUGUGAGGCUAGACUCCCCACCCUCAUUUGACACCGCCUACCCAGGCUUUGCUCUUGAUCCUCCAACGAGGAACCUCCCAGCCCCACCUCCCCAGCCCCCUCUGCCUCCGAAGGUUCUGAAGUCACCCAAGCCUGUGACGUAUGCCACGGUUGUCUUCCCGGGAGGGGACAAAAGUGAAGGAGCCUCCAGUGAGCCUGCUCCAGAUCCACCAAACAGUCAAACCCCACCCAGCUAAAAAUACACCUUAGCAUGCUCCGGGGAUCCGCCCUGGGGCGUUCUCUGCAGCCGUCCAACACGCCCGGAGUGUGUGAGCAGAUGGUGUGACUUGGGGGUCUGGUCCAGUAUCUUGGCUUGGCGGCCAUAGGAAGUGGCUCUCGGAGAUGGUUGAGGUGUUCGGGGAGGAACUCUGCCUGCCACUUCUGGUGCUGGCUCUGCUGUCUUUAUCUAUUAGGCUAAUAAACCCUGAUGAUGUGUGAA